CGUCGGUCCACCUUAAGCGCACACGCAAACGCAGGAGGCGUACAGCGAGGUUUCCGCUUCUCUGGAGCUCGGACCGCGGCUCGCGAAAGCCUCCGUGUGUAACGUUCAAGCCUGACGCACCGAAGCACGAGAACGAGGCGAGCAGCGAACGCAGGAGGGGGAAAAAAUGUCGGAACCCAAGUACCGCGAGUGGAUUCUGGACACUAUCGACUCGCUGCGGUCUCGAAAAGCCCGGCCGGACUUGGAAAGGAUUUGCCGAAUGGUCCGGAGGCGACACGGGUCUGAGCCUGACCGAACCUGUGCAGAACUAGAAAAACUAAUUCAGGAACAAACCGUGCUGAAAGUUAACUACAAAGGCUCUAUUUCCUAUCGAAACGCCGCCAAGGUCCAGCGGAGGAGCAGAAAAAAGGACGAUGCUUCGUUAACAACGGCUGCGAGGAGGAGCGCGGUGGAAGAAGCCAGUCAUUCGGACUUGAGCAACGGGGACAGCGCUUUCGGUGCUGUGGACCAGGACGACGAGGAUUUGGAGGCUGACACUUCCAUGGCUAUGGACACAGACAGUAAUCCAGAUGAGGAGGGGGCUGAGGAGAGCCAGGACGGCCAAGACAAAUCCUCCCCCAGCCGCACUCCUGAGGAGCCCCCCAUGCACCGCGCGCCCGUCCAGGCGGCCUCUGCCCCCUGCUCCCCCUCUGGCACCCGCCCCGGCCCCGGCCCGGCAUGCAGUUCGGGUCAGGACUAUGCCUCUCUCCAGAAAGCUAGUCAGAAGCCCAACUCCUUGCCCCCCUCCAGCCCCAGGGCCCUCCCUCACAAUGACUGGGCUUAUGAUCCUGCAGCGUGCCCAGUGGAGCGCCAGCACCCAGGAAUGCAGAGAGACAAAGAAAUAAAGCCAACCGUCCACACCGUAACUACCAUCCCCUGUGAUUUAAACAACGCAAAGAAAAUCGACGGAGAGAAGUUAGACGGCAGCCUGUCGUCCGACCAGCUGGUACCAGACUCUGCAGCAAGACCGGAUGAGAUUAGAACUGUCUCCGAUGGAAGAUCGCAAACAAUAUCUCCACCAUCAGAGAACUGCACAUUUAAGAAGAUAGACAUAUCCCUCAAACCAGCUGAAGAGGCUCUUCUAAACGGUACAGGCGAGGAAAUCUCAUUGAAAAAGGAGAAGAUGAGCCAGAACUUGUUGCAGUGGACUGUGGCAGAUGUGGCCAGUUACUUCUCGGCCGCAGGAUUUCCAGAGCAGGCUGUGGCCUUUCGAACGCAGGAAAUCGAUGGGAAGUCCCUCCUCCUAAUGCAGCGCAGUGACGUGCUGACCGGCUUGUCCAUCCGACUCGGCCCCGCCCUCAAAAUCUAUGAGCGGCAUGUGAAGGUGUUGCAGAGGACCCACUUUCUGGAAUGUGAGAACAUCUAGAGAUGAUUGGUGGCGGCAGACAGUGCUGCGCUGACUCAAACUCUGAUGCAGUCCCUUUUCCUGUCGGGAUUCCACCACCCACAUGCAUUCAUGUGUUGGAGCGGGUGUGGAGGGAGGGGGUGGGUGGGCAGGCUGCGGUGGAAUUCACCUUCACUGUGAGAAUGACCAGAAACUAUAAGACAGUCAUCCUACCUCUCAUUGUGGUCUUUGCUUUUUCAAAUGGUUGUUACGUUGACUUUUGUUCGCUGGAGAAGAAGCUGCUGCAGGUGAAGCAUGGCGCAGCAGUGGCUUUCCUGCAAUAUCUAAACCAUCCAAUGCACCUAAUGAAGCGAUGAGCUGCAGGGCUGAGUUGUCUCGCAUUGGGAUGUUCUCCAUGUGUUCACUUUCUAAAACUUUAAGUCAUGCAAAAAUGCAAAGCACAUCAGUUGUGUGUUUAGCUUUUUUCUUUUUUUUUUUAGAAGUGGAUUCAAAUGUUUCCAAACUAAGUUAGGCUGUAAAUGUGUAAAGAGUUUGAUUCCUCACCUGUCAUUCCUUCAGUAGCUGCUGCUGUGGAUGCAGUCUUUGGUGGAUAAAACCCGGAUGAAACACCAAGACUUCACACACACACACACACACACACGCACCCCCGAUGCUGUCUUAAGUCAAAGAUUGUGGUCCAACAUCAUCACAUUUUGGGAAAUGAUUCCAGAAACUUGUGACCUGAAAAUAUGCAGCUUGGUAAAAUAUGCUUUUAUACACGAGCAAAUUAACUUACGAAAAACCCCUUAUUGUCCAAACUAAGUGUACCCUUGUAAAUUCUGUAUAGCUGCUCAGCAUCCGUUAAUGAAGCAGACACAUCUAUGAAUUCAAUAUUGUAUCUUUACCUCUGUUUACAACUGUCUGGUCUCACUUUGAGUUUUGAUCCAAGCCAUCCACUUGAAUUGUAACAUUCCACAUUGUGUUGUCUUCAUCUUCAGUGUAUUUCCUGACCUUUUUAUCUGUAGUUCAGAGACUUCUUCCAGAUCUGCAAAUAAAACUUGCGUCUCUGUUUA